UUGCCUAAACCUACCGUCAAAUGGAUUAGUUCUAAAGGAAAGGUAACUCAAGGAGAAGUCCUAAAUUUGUCAAACUUCCGAUCCGGAAGUAGUGAGAAUUAUGAGUGCAUUGCAGACAAUGGUAUCGGAGACUCACUGAAGAAAUCAAUUAAUGUCUUCUUUAGCGUUCCGGCAAAGUUUGACGAAAAGUAUAGUUUAAUUCAAGUGAAGAAGGGAGAGAGCGCUCGACUCAAGUGUAAUGUUUCCGGAGAUCAACCCCUGGCUAUCAAAUGGACUAAAGAUAGCAUCAAACUCGAGAAACUAGGCUCUCAUACUUAUGAAAUCUUUGAGGAGACGACAGACUUCGGUCUCGUGUCGGAGCUGUUGUUGAGAACCACCCAAAGGACUGACGGAUCGAUAUAUAAAUGUGAGGCCGAGAACACACACGGGAAGGACGAGCGCACUAUCAAACUGGUUGUGCUCGAGGUACCCGGCCCACCGAUGAACGUUCACGUGAAGGAGGUCUGGUCCCGAACGGCUAGUAUCGUGUGGUCGGCCCCCUAUUCAGGCAACUCUCCGAUCAUGAAAUACACGAUCCAGUAUUGGCGACAUCAGAGCGCACCGCAUCGACUCCAUGAGUUCACAGUCACCAGUUCCCAGACCACGGCACUCAUCAAAGACCUCAGCCCUGGCCUGUCCUACGAGAUGACUGUCGUCGGCGAGAACGAGGUCGGGAGGGGUGAGGCCGCAGACACCGUCACCUUCGUUACCGGCGAGGAGGAGCCCUCCGCCCCGCCCAACGACAUCGCCGUUGAGGGCAAAGGGCCGACGACUAUACGGGUCACGUGGAGAGCGCCUACUAAAGAGCACUGGAACGGUGUUAUCAAAGGCUUUUACGUCGGGUAUCGUAAAGCACGGGAGAGUAGCCAUCCCUUCACUCUGAAACUGGUUGAGUCAAAACCGGUACAAAACGGCAAAAACCCCGAAACGGAAACUUAUGAAUACUUUUUGCGAGACUUACUGAAAGGCAAUGAAUACGCGAUUGUCGUGAAGGCCUACAAUUCGGCGGGCAGUGGACCCCAGUCUCACGAAAUGCUUGUCCACACAUACGAUGGAGACCUACCGCCGGCUCAACAGCUCAACGCCAUCGAGUCGACCGAGACGUCCAUUACUGUGCGCUGGCAUCAGAAAGAUCUGCGAGAAACCCAAACCCCGACCAAUAGCUAUACGAUUCACUACCAACGGGAAGGGGAGCCCAAGUGGAAGGAAAUACCGUUGACUCAGUUGACGACACCCACCCCUAUGUCCGAUGGGAAUACAUUGGCCUCAUAUACCUAUGUCCUGCAAAAUCUUGAGGCCGGCGUUCAGUAUAGGGUAUUCAUCACUGCCCUCAACAGAUACGGGUUCAGCGAUCCGAGUAAUAUAGUGGUCACCCGUACGGAGGGAGAUAUAAAAGUACUUCAAAGUGAGAUAUUCAACCAAUUCUUCAACGACGGCCCCUAUUAUCUGCAGCCGUCGUUCACAAUACCGCUAUUGUCUGCGGCAGUCAUUGUUAUUAUUGUCAUUAUAUCGGCGUUUGUUUGCGUCCGAAGGAUAAACAGGAGUCGAGCCGCCGCUGAAGGCUUUAUAAUGGAUAGCGCGACCCUUCACAAGCAGUUCGCCGGCCAUAUGGGAACGACACCCCGUUAUAUGGACUUCGAUAAGACCAGUGGUAAGCCGCUGAUGAUGACGGAGGCGGGCAAUGCAUACCCGACACCCUAUGCGACGAUGCCUAUGGGAUGUGGCGAUGGAUCUCAACCUUGGGAACGACCCCUACCGCAGCCAUCGAUGAUGAAAGGCAAUCACAUCUACGAUCAUCCACAGUAGGAUUACCCUCCCUGACGCCCACCCAGACAGCCAUACCACUCAAAAACCUAUU